UUCCAGUAAAGUAGUUUUGGUGAGUAAGCCAAAGGCAAAGGAAAGAUUUCACCCACGUUGUUGCACUUGCAGCAUCUAUUACUAGUUGGUUGUGCUGUUGUUUACUAGUAGUAGUACGUCUCUCAGAGCGGCCUAGGUGGCACGAAUUGACAGCUUCUCGUCUCCAGCGCGCUAUUCGUCGCUGCUAGCUCGCACCAGGUUCUUGCUUUUGAGCCUGUUCCUUCUCAUUGUUAUAGUCGUUUAGUGGUACGUACGUGUAUCCACAAACAAGGGAAAGAUCCCCUUUCCUGAAGCCGUGAGGGUGCAGCGUGGGCUCGAGUUUGCGCAGGCUUGUGUGGUACAUCAAUGACUAUGGAGCCAAACGCCAAGAGACGGUUUCCUUCUCAGGCUACCAAUGGCCAUGGAGCUGUUCCAACUGGGCAGGGAAGAGUUUCCGGCAUGACAGCUGCUGCCACUAAUGAACCAGCUCCUAGUACUAACGGACACGGAGAUUUACCCGUACCCCGUGAUCGCACUGAUGAAUGGCAUGGAUUAGUGUCGAUGGUGACUGUCAUACAUUCGAUGGUAGAGAAGAUCUACCAGGCUGCCUGCAUGCUGCGCGAGACUGAACAGCAGGAUCGAAACCAGUGGCUAGCGAUAGUGCAGAGGCUACGCGAGGAGGCCGAACAUGCGAACGGACGCGGUGUUCAUCGCAGCACCGUCGCACUGAGUACUCAGGAUGAGACCGGUGACCUUGCUCAUCAGCGUCGUCUGUACCAGCAGAGUCUUGAGAUGCAGCAGGGUGGCGCUGGCAAUGGUAACGGCAAUGGUAACGGCAAUGGUCACCAUGUACAGCCCCAGCAGGCGCCCGCACAGCAGCCACCGGUUGCCGUCAUCGCGGCCCCGCCGCAGAGCGCAGCGGCCGCGGCACCAGCCGAGCCGCAGGGCACAGCGCGCAACGGCGGUCCCAGCGCGGCCCAUCCUCCGGCAGUGCAAGGCGCGCCGCAACAGCCUCAGUCACAGCAGACUGGCGGAGGUGGCAGUAGUGGUGAAACAGUGCCCUCUGCUACACAGGAGGAAGAGGAGCAAUGCUGGAACUGUGGUCGCGAGGCAACAGAGACGUGUAGCCGAUGCAAGAAGGCGCGCUACUGCGGUGUCUGGUGCCAGCGCCGCGACUGGAAGGUCAAGCACCACCGCGUGUGUUGCGAACCGGGGGCAGAGGACUCCGGCGACGCUUCCGCCGCCAAAGACCAACCACAGCAGCUACAGCAGGGCCAGCAGCAGCAGCAGGCUCAACAGCAGCAGCCUGGUCAUAUGGAAGAGCGAGCACGCGGUGAUGAUCACGCUUCAGACGCUCACCAAGGUGACGCAAGCCGACCAAACAUCAACCAGCAAUCCAGCUGUGUAGAGGAAGCACCUGGCACAUUGAUCAUCAAUGGUGGAGAUGUAUCUUCGGACUCGGACUCGGGUAGUAUGUCUGACUGACUCCUUUAUAAGUGAACCGUGUGUCUUCGUCAGAAAACAUACAACGUGUGUUCAAUGGGUGUACGAGUCCUCGCUGCCGUCGCUUUGUGUUGUUUUCUAGUAACGUGUGGCUCAGCCAAGAGCAGAGUAGUGUGUGUGUGCCUGUGUGUGUGCCAAGGACUGGUGUGUGUGUGUGUGUGUGUGUGUGUGUGCGCGCGCGCGCGCGCGUGUGUGCUUGCC